AUUUUUAAAUAUUUUUAAGUGUAAACAAAAUACUGUGGCAUUACUAUGGUCGAAGAACUGUUAUCAUUUAUUUACAAAAAUGUCAAAAUCAGCUGCGACAAGUAUCAAACGAACUUUUAUAGAUAACAAAGUCCUUAAAAGAGUUUUAAUAUCACAUUUAAUACGUACCAUUUUUAUUCGGAAAGAUUUUGCAGUAAACGUUAUUUUAUAUUGUCUUUUCUCUAUUUUCAAUAUUUUUUUGUAUUGAAACGGCGUUAAUGUCAUCCAUUUAGAGUAAUGGUAAAUAAUUUUCAAUGCACUUGUAAGGUAGCAAAUAACAAACAGCAAAUGAGUAAGCAGCCACCGAAAAUACACGUUUGCUUUCAUAUUAAAAACUGGCUGACGUUAAACAAAUACUACACAAAAUAUUUCGUGGUUUUCGUUUUAAUAAAAAUCCGAAAGGAAUUCAUAAUUAUACAAGAAAUAAAAGUUUGAACGCUUCAAAAUGCCUACCGUGCCUAUUGUAAAAAAAAGAGUUAAAUUCAUCGUUAUUUUCUCAAGCUCCCUGAUAUUGCUAAUAAUUCUUUAUCGUUCAUUUUUGAAACAUCACAUCAAUGGUAGCCACUCAAUCCCAAAUUUUGAUAAAGAUGAUUGGACAGCAAACUCCCAAAUUGGUGCAGAUCUCGUAAAGGAUUUUACCAAUGUUCCUCAACACAUUACAAAUCAACAGCUUCUGAAUCAAUUGGAACAUGCAAAAGUUCAAAUUGCAAUAUUAGAAGAUCGUGUCCGCGCUUUAGAAGCGAGUACGCCAAGAAAAUAUCCACAGGUUAAAUACUUAAAUUAUAAAAAUCGAAAACGGAUUCUAAUUACCGGAGGAGCCGGUUUCGUUGGUUCUCAUCUAGUGGACACUCUCAUGGUUCAAGGCCAUGAAGUAAUCGUUGCGGAUAACUUUUUCACAGGUCGAAAACGAAAUGUAGAACACUGGCUUGGACAUGAGAAUUUCGAAUUAAUUCACCAUGACAUUGUGAAUUCACUUUUUAUUGAAGUGGAUGAAAUUUAUCAUCUUGCAUCACCAGCCUCGCCUCCACAUUAUAUGUAUAAUCCCGUAAAGACAAUCAAAACAAAUACCAUGGGUACUAUCAAUAUGCUGGGACUGGCGAAACGUGUUAUGGCAAAAGUACUUAUAGCUAGUACAUCAGAAGUAUACGGUGAUCCAACUGUACACCCACAACCUGAAACAUAUUGGGGUCAUGUGAAUCCUAUUGGACCUCGAGCCUGUUAUGAUGAAGGCAAACGUGUUUCAGAAACACUCAGCUACGCUUAUGCGAAACAGGAGAAUGUGAAAGUACGUGUCGCACGCAUAUUUAACACCUACGGUCCUCGAAUGCAUAUGAACGAUGGACGUGUUGUGUCCAAUUUCAUACUUCAAGCACUGCGUAAUGAAACUAUAACAGUCUAUGGUAAUGGCAAGCAAACACGUUCUUUUCAGUAUGUUUCUGAUCUCGUCGAUGGGUUAAUUUCUUUAAUGGCUUCCAACUACAGCCAGCCAGUGAAUUUGGGUAAUCCAGUAGAGCACACAAUCGAAGAGUUCGCAUGGAUCAUAAAAAAAUUGGUGGGCGGCAAAAGCGAAGUAAAACAAACGGAUGCAGUUGAAGAUGAUCCGCAGAGGCGUAAGCCUGAUAUAACGCGAGCAAAAACCAUUCUCAAUUGGGAACCAAAAGUUCCACUACAUAUGGGAUUAUCGCGCACGAUCAGCUAUUUCCGACGUGAACUAGAAAGAUCUGAUCGAUUCCAAAAGGACUCUAAAAAAUAUUUCGAUUCUCCUGAUUUAGAACGGAGCCAACAUAGUAGGCAGAAUUUUGUACCAGACAAAACUUAAUAUUGUGUUGUUUAAAAAUGAUAUAACUAGGUUCAAAAUUUAAGUGUUAUUUUAGCGCCAUUAAAACAAGAAUUGUGAAAUAAUUAUUUAAAAAAAAGGGUCUGAAAGUAGAAUAUAGAGUUUAUAAUUUAAACGAAGAACGGUGUAAUCUAAGAUAUUUUUUCUGUAAAUAGAAGUUAGACUUUAUGUUUCGUAUUUAGUCACUUAAUUAUUGUAAAACAUAUCCUUUGAGAUUCUCAUGCCAUACGCUAUGCCAAGAAGGCAGUUAUUUUUCGCUAGUCCAAUGCAAAAGAUAAAUACGUUGUGGUUUCUUACAGUUUGUUGUUGAUAUUAUUAAUGUUAGACCUUAAAAAACUUAAUAAAUUUUCUAAAGCAAUCACA